AUGGGCAGCCUUUCCUUGCCCGAUGAAAAGGAAGAUGAUGGGCUUGGAGACGAGCCACCCAAAGCAGAGCUGACCGAUGAGGAGAAGAAGAAGUACUUCCGCAACAGGCAGGGUAUUCCGGACUUGGCCCCCACCACGCUGCGGAAGUUCCUGCAGCAGUUCUCCCUCCCGGAAAAGUCCGAGGGCUGGGAUGAGAUCAAGUUUGCCUGGGACCAAGCCCAUUCCAGCCGAGACUAUCUGCGGAAAUGGAUUGUCGAGGCCAAGCGCACGACCCUGAUCGAAGAUCCGCAGCCAUCGCAGACUUUCACCACGAAGCAUUUGGCCUGGCAGAAGCAGCACAUGGACUACCAGUCGAAGCAGAAUCUCUGGAAGGCGAAGCCGAAAAAGGACGAGGACGCUGCAUCCAUCGCGGCCAAAGCCAACCUCGAUAUCUUCGCAGUCGAGGAUGUGAACGACAUCGGCGAAGGCGAACCUUUGUAUGCCCACUUCGAGCCUGUCGACUGGGCCUUGCUGCAGCUCCGCUAUGAGCUGCAUCUGCUGCAGGAGUCCUUCAAGCGGGAUGUGGACGACGAGGACCGAAAGCUGAUCCCGGAGCCGCAUCUCUCGUACUACUACAGCAAGUACUUUCGGAAGCAGCUGAGCCCGGGUGUCUUCGGGCAGAAAAACAACACAGAGCUGAUCAGCCACAUAAAGGACGUGGUCACGAUCAGUGGUGAUCCGCCUUUGCUGCUGUCUCAGCUCGCCGAGGACGCCGAGGUCGACUCGGCCGACAUCUUCGUGAAGUUUUCGGAAGAAGCCCGUCGGGACCGCAAACGACGGCAAGAAGCGGGAGACGAGACCUCCACCUUGAAAUACACAGCUCCGGCGACCGCCAACACGCCGCCGCCUCCGCGACCAGCGGCUACUCCCAACGCUGGCUGGCAACCUGCUCCUCGGAACCCAACGCCCCGGCCGCCAAUGCCGAUGGGGAAAGGCUGGCAAGGCGAUGGCGGCAAAGGCCUCGACUUCUGUUCGUGCUGCAAAUCUUCAGUUAUAGCUUACAAGCACUAG